AUGAUGACAAUGUUGUUGGGCCCUGUGAAAGCAGGAUUCGAAGUAAUAUGUGGUGAUGAAGAAGGAGCAAGUAGAACAAUGAAUACGUUCUCCAAAAUCAAUCCUCUCGUUAUGUCUCUUCGCGUUACUGCCGAAGUACUCUCAGGAAAUUCAGACAAUGCUAAAGAUACAAUCAAAACAUUUGGUAGCAAUGUUGGGAAUAUGGCAUGUUCCAUGCCUUUACUCGGUCAUACGAUAGCGGUCGGUUACAGAAUCGCUGGCAAAGACGAAAAAGCUCGAAGAAUUUUUGAACAAGCAACAAGAACAACGGUUCUUGCCGGUGCAGGUAUCAUCGGUUUUGGAGCUGGUCCAGAAGAAGCAGCAGCUUUUGCUAUAAUUGCUGGAGUUGGAUGGGAUCUGAUCGAUAUUGCUAGAGGUAAGGAAGCAAAUGGUAUCGUAAAAUUGGUCGAAAUAUUCAGCAGGGACAAAAAAUUAACACCUGGUGAAAUCUUCGACGCAGUCAUGGUGCCUAUCACUGAUGGAAUGACAGGUUAUGCUGCAGCAAACGCCUAUGGCAAAUAUACAAAAGCAAGAGAACAAAAUCAAACCUAUCAUGGAAAAUCAAAAAAACAAGGCACAAAGAAUCCAGAAAAAAUCGCCAACAGUAUGUGUAAACAAGCAAAGGAUUUAGAACAAAUGGUGGCUGCUAAUGAACGAAAACUAUUUGAACUUGAACAAAAAUUUUACGAACAUCCUCCUCCUCCAAACGCUCAUAUCAAUGGACAUACUUCUGCUACAAUGAUCGAUAAAGAUGGAAAUCAAUCUACUGGCUAUAGUAGAAGAUUGACAGAUGCACGUGGAACACCACGUUUUCAAUCAGAAAUAUCAAAACUUGAACAAAACUAUCCAAAUGUGAAAUCAGUGUUGAGUCGACCACUCAAUGCUUGUGCUGAACAUAUGGCCUUUGAAAAUAUAUCAAAUCCCAUCAUUAUUUAUGCAAUUCAAAUAAAAAAUGGUUUAGUAUUCUGUGUUAAACGAUGUGAAAAUUGUGAACAAUUUGAUCUCAGAAAUGUUAUUACUGAUUCAAUGCAUGGUACACCUGUUCCAUUUCUAAUUACUGAAGUACCACCACCUGGUUCUUAUGUUAGAGCUAUCGUAUCUGACAUCAUUCUUAUUAGUGUGGCAAAUACAGAAAGAGAAGAACGACGAUGA